AGAUAUUUGGCACAAAUUGUCUCUUAACUGCAAAAAUAUUUAAAUUUUAACUUUUGGUGAAAAUUUGUUAAAAAGUUUUUUCUGUGAGAAAAAAUGUUUUUCGUAUCACUUUUCAAGUUUUGGAGUUUGUAUUUAUUGGCAUUUGUUUAUGAGUCUAAGGCAUCGCCAAAAUCGCAAUCGGAUCGGGAUCUCAAUCAGUUGGAUAUACUGCUCAAAGGCUAUGAUAGACGUGCUCUACCGACAAGUCAUUUGGGUGUCCCAACAGUGGUCACGUGCGAAGUGUUCAUCCGAUCGAUCGGCUCCAUAAACCCGGAGUCCAUGGACUACGAGGUGGACCUAUACCUGAGGCAAAGUUGGUUUGACGAUCGGCUCAAAACAAACGGCUCCCGAGCGAUGGACCUAAACGACCCAAAACUGGUGCAAAUGAUUUGGAAACCGGAGGUGUUCUUCGCCAACGCCAAGACCGCUGAGUUUCAAUACGUAACGGUGCCCAACGUGUUGGUGCGAUUGGAAACGGGUGGCAAAAUACUCUACAUGUUGAGACAUGGUUGUAGUGUGUACUAG